AUGAAUUAUUCACGACCUCUUGAUCCUUCAACUUCCACCAACAGUCAACAACCAACUCGCGAGGAGAAGGGAAAGGAUAAAGAGGCUAUGGAAAACGAAGAUGAAGGACAAGGAGAUAUAAUUGCUGAGAAAACGCCAGAGCCGCAGCUCCAGUCUCAGAAGGGAGAUGAUGAUGAUGAUGAUGAUGAUGACGACGACGGGGACGAAGACGAAGAAGAAGAAGACGAGUACACCGAACUCUUCCAGGUCCUGGCGAAUGUAGCGAGAAUGAAAGUUUUCGGCGAACGAAUGAACAAUGCAGAGGGGGGUGCUUUGAGUGGUGGUUUGGGAAAAGCGGGUUGGUAUUACGAAGUUCAGUAUUUCGGUAUGAGGGGGUUCUCGGAACAUAUUGCUGGGGAUGGGAUCAGUGAUAAUGGGGGGUCUUUUAAGGAGGGAGAGAGUGAGGAGGAGAGUGAGGGUCAUGGGGACGUGGGAAGAGAGGAAGGGGAAGAAAAGGGACAAAUGGAAGAAGAUAAAGAAGAAGAAGAAGGAGAAGAGGAAAAGAAGGAGGGGAAAGGAGAAGAAGGAAAAGAGAGAGAAGAUGACGAUGAAGAGAAUUACGUUAUUGUCACAUUCCUAGGGGAGCAGACUGAUUCAGAUGAUGAGAGCUGGUACUUCGUUGAAAUUACCUCUUGUGACGAAGAGGAGGACAGCGAUGACGACGAGGGCAGCAAGGACAACAAGGACACCGAGAACAAUGAAGACAAGAAGGGCAACGUAAACAGAACUGAGAGCAACAACACCAACAACAACAGCAAGAAAGGCAACAAAAACAACGGCCAUGACUCUGAUAACGACGAGUGGCACGACCAUCAUCAUUGUCAUCAUUGCCAAUCGUUCCGUAGCAUCAUCAUCACCCAAACCACCACGACUACCAACCCGCAACAACAAUCACACCCCCAACUCCAAGAACAAGAUCGACUCUCCCUCGUCAACCCUUCCUUCGAGAUACUCCAAUCCUCCCCCAUAUCCUUUACCAUCCAGCUCGCCAUCCCCGGCGCCAAGCGGCGGGAUAUCAGCGUUGCCUAUGACCUCAAUACGAACGUGUUGACGCUCAGUGGGGUUUUAUAUCGGAGUGUUCUUUCUCUUGAGGAUUCACCGUCUGCUUCUUGUUCUGCUUCUUCUUCUUCUUCUACCUCUUCUUCUCUCGAAUCUGAGAGCGAGACAGACAGUAAAUGUAGACCAAAGGCGGGAAUAAAUCAGGGCUCACAACUCAAGUCAAACCCCGAAUUUGAAGCGGACUUGGAGUUGUGGUUGGCGUAUGAACAGGCCUCAAGACCCGCCGGGGUGGAUUCAGGAUCGGGUUCUGUUUUGCUCCUUGGAGGGUAUGGGGGGGAGGAGGAGGAGGAGGAGGAGCAGGAGGAGGGCAAGCAAGCGAGUGGUGGUGGUGGUGAUGGUGAUGGUGAUGGUGAUAGCAGCAGCACAGACACCGACGACAGCGAUAACAAACAGUCGCAAACCCAGACCCAAACCCAAACUCCUCCUCCGACAACGACGGAAAGAAUCCCCUUCGGACAGAUUUUAGACCCGGUUAUUUUCUGUUCACCUACCCCUACAUCUGAAUGUCGACUUUCACCGUCAUCUACACCUGAAGAACAAAAACAGCACGAAGAAGUGAAUAACGAGAAGAUCAAGGUGGGGUUGGAGGAUGGGAUGCCAACAGUUGUUGUCCCGCUUGCUGUUGAGGAAGAGACCGAGAACGAAAAUAUGGUGGGGAUAGUGAUCUGA